AUGCGUGUAAGCGGGACGAACUCAAUAUGUGCAGUCAUUUUAUAUGCGCUGACGCUGGGCUACCAAGCUCAUGCUAUCGAACUCGAUAUUAACAAUGAACAAUCGAUCAAAGAUGCCGCCGCGACCGCUACUUACGGGAUGAUGGUCUGGUAUCAUGGUAACGAGACCGGGCAGAUCCCUGGUGCUUUCCCUUCGAAAUGGUGGGAAGGAUCCGCCUUGUUCUAUGCGCUUUUAAAUUACUGGCAUUUUACUGGUGACAGCACUUAUAAUGAUGAGCUGAGUGUUGGAUUACAAUGGCAGUCAGGCACCAAUGGAGACUACCUGCCCAGUAACUAUAGUCAUUUCUUGGGAAACGACGACCAGAUGUUUUGGGGCCUUGCAGCGAUGACUGCAGCGGAGUUAAAAUUCCCAGAUGUCUCUAACGGAUUCUCAUGGCUCUCGCUCGCACAAGGCGUCUUCAACUCACAAAAAGGUCGAUGGGACACGACAAUGUGCGGUGGAGGUUUGACCUGGCAAAUGUUCCAAUACCAAGGGAGUGGGUAUACCUUGAAGAACGCCAUCUCGAACGGAGGCUUUUUCCAACUCGCGGCUCGUCUUGCCCGGUACACCGAAGAUAAUGAGUAUGCGACGUGGGCGAACAAAGUUUGGGAUUGGUCGGUCAAUUCACCUCUCGUCAAUAAUAAGACUUGGCUUGUGCAGGACUCGACGGAAGGUACAAAUGGCUGCAAAGAUGGAGCUAAUAUUCCCUGGACGUACAACUACGGGACGUAUCUCAUGGGCGCUGCUUAUAUGUAUAACUAUACUGGCGAUCAACAAUGGCUCGACGCAACAAACGGUCUAUUAAACAUGACCCUCCAAACCUUCUUCCGCAAAGAAAGCGGAUUCGUCAUGGAAGACGUAACCUGCGAGCCCCGAGAAAUCUGCAACAACAAUGAAGUCCUCUUCAAAGGCCUCCUCUCAACAUGGCUCUCCUACAUCGCCCUCGUCGUCCCAACAACGUACGACCUGAUCAUGCCAAAGCUCCAAACCUCCGCGGUAGCAGCCGCCAAGUCCUGCACGGGCAAUAACAACAAUACCUGCGGUGUGCAAUGGUACAAGUCCCAAUGGGAUGGAUGGACAGGGAUGGAAGAGCAGAUCAGCGUUAGCCAGGUGUUUAGCGCCAAUUUGCUACCGUUUGUGCAGAGCAAAGCCGUGGCGCCGGUUACGUCCAGUACUGGUGGGAACAGUACCAGUAAUCCUAGUGCGGGUCUGGAUAACAAUAAGACGGAUAGCACUCCCACACUAAUUACCACUGGGGACAAGGCGGGCGCUGGUAUUCUGACGUUGAUUUUUGUUGGAGGGUGGAUAGCGUUCGGGGCUUUCGCGUUGAUGGGAUCGGGUGUUUAA